UUUGAGGGCAUCGAGUCAGUGUGCUUCUUUUCGACAAGUUGACAAUAAGUAACCCAGCAAGAUGAAACUUCUUACACUGGUGACCAUGGUGGCGACGAGUGUCUGGGCCCAGUACCACGUCAGGAGAGAUGGUGUGCCCAUUAUUUUCGGAGCAGAGGGGGACAAGGAGAUGGCAAAAUCUUCGGGGCGUCUUGUAGUGACGCCGCGCCGUCACGGCCAGAACGGACAACCCCAAAGACAAACUUCACAACAACAACAACAACAACAGCAGCAGCAGUCUCUCUUUCAACUUGGCCAAAGCCAAGCAUCACUCGACCAGUUCACAACACCUGUGCUCUCGGCACCGUUCGGUGUUGCUCCAGCUUCAUCCCUGUGUGACUCUCUAUCGAAGCCUUUGGUUGAUGAAAUAGAAGGCGGGAGGGCGUACCAUUUGUCAUGGUGUCACGACGCUGGCCGGACCUACACCUGGGAACAGGCCACACAUUAUUGUGCUGCUCUGGGUAACGGCUUUCAAGCAGUCAGUGUAGAGACCGCGCAAAAACAAGAAUUCAUAACUCGUAUUAUUUUAGCACACUACAUCACUGACAUCUGGACUAGUGGCAACAAGAUUAACUCUCCCUCCUGGAUAUGGCUGUCUGGAAUCCAGUUUUCCUACACAAACUGGUCCCGAACUGGAAGGAAGGGCGUGCCUCAGCCUGAUAACACUGACGGCAACGAGGACUGUCUGGCGGUGUUAAACAAUAACUUUAACGACGGAGUAACUUGGCACGACUCCAGUUGCUUUAUGUUCAGACGUGUCAUCUGUGAGGCGCCGCAAUUCUACAGAGCAUAGCUGCUUAUUGGCCGUUGAGGGUUGUUUAUGUGAAAUAAAGUAGAUAUAGAAAUG